AGCUGUAGUGCGGGGGCCUGGGCCAGCACUGCGGCGGCGCCGGGCUCGAGCCCCACAACCCUCCGGGCGGCCGCCGGCGGCCUUGGGGAGAGCGGGAGAGAGAGGCUGCUCCGGCGGGCGGGGGCCGGGGAGCGCCGCCGGGAUGGGGCCGUUCCUGUCCGCGCCCUGACGGGAGGAGCGGCCCUUGGGACUCGGUGGUGUGGGUCCCAGAAGUGGGUGUGAAGAGAAUCCACAAGAAGCUGCUUUCUCUUCCCCUGGAAAAGCUGGACAGCCAUUGAAAAGGCAUCACCACCAGUACUUCCUGCCUUUCUCCCUUUUCCUUCAAACCUUUGUGUAGAAGCCAAUAGAGAGCCACAGAUCCCAAAACACCUUUUUCCCUACUUCUAAAAGCUGCUAAGGCUUCUCUUGUUUUGGACGCGCUGCUGGAAACAACUUCUGUGGGCAAGAAUGGGCUGCCGGGAUGUUCAUGCAGCGACAGUACUGGCCUUCCUCAGUGGAACAGCCUCAGUAGCUGGACUCCUUGCAGCAGUUCUGCUUCCAAACUGGAGGCAAAUGAGACUGUACACCUUCAACAAGAAUGAGAGGAACGUGACUGUUUACACUGGACUCUGGAUCAAGUGCGCUCGCUUUGACGGGAGCAGAGACUGUGUGAUAUAUGACCCGCAGUGGUACACUGCUGUCGAUCAACUGGAUUUGCGUGUUCUUCAGUUUGCCCUUCCACUGAGUAUGUUAACUGCUGUCUCAGCUCUGUUUCUCUGCUUGAUUGGUAUGUGUAACACAGCCUUUGUAUCCAGCGUGCCAAACAUCAAAUUGGCCAAAUGCCUUGUAAACAGCGCGGGCUGCCAUCUCGUGGCUGGCCUCUUGUUCCUGCUUGCGUGUGCCAUUUGUCUCACUCCAUCAGUCUGGGUCAUUUUUUAUAACAAUUAUCUGAACAGAAAAUACGAGCCUGUCUUCAGCUUUGACAUCUCCGUGUUUAUUGCCAUUGCCAGUGCCGGCGGUCUGUUUUUCACUUCCAUUCUGCUGUUUCUGUGGUACUGCGCUUGUAAAAGCCUACCUUCUCCUUUCUGGCAGCCCCUUUACUCCCAUGCCCCUAGCAUGCACAGCUAUGCCUCUCAGCCCUAUUCUGCACGCUCUCGCCUCUCUGCCAUAGAAAUUGACAUUCCUGUUGUGACCCACGCAUCUUAAGGAGACAGAGUCUUGGAAGCCAAGUUCUUGUGCUCAUUCAAACCGUGAAAAUCACAGGCUUGAUUCUCUCUGCUGCCUUGCACUGAGCAUAAUCAUUUGUAAGGUCAGGUUUCCGAAGGUGCAAAGCAACAGAGGCCUGAGUUCAUUGAGGCUGUUGCUAUUCUUGUGUGUUACUUCCUGACCAACAUUUUUUUAUUUUUUAACUCUGAGCUCACUACAGACAAAAUUGCUGCUAAUGCUGGGACAGUACACUGAUGAUUGUAUCUGUUCAUCCUUCUGCUUAAUGAGUUCAAAGCAUGUUUGAACCUCUUUGCUAUUUGAUAAGCUAUUAUUGGAUUCUGAUCCAAUUUUAAGAGCUACAUAGGUGGACUCUCACACCCAUGCAUUACCCAAAUGUAGGCAGUGGAGCUGGGCACAGGGAGUUCACUGAGUUUCCUGUUCAUCCAGGCACACACAUCUUAAGAUGUGAUGUCUGAAGAGGGUAUUUGGCAGACUAAUUCAGUUCUGUAGCAUUGUUUGUUGUUUUCUACUGCACACACAGAGCCGCACACACAGAGCUACCCACUCAUUAACUUCUCUAAUAGAAUUAGUGUCAAAUUACCCUUUAUUUUCAAAGUAGCUACCAGAAGAAAUAAAACUGAUUCAAGUAAUAAUGUUCUUCUGUACUGUAACAGCAUUUUCUGAAUUACUGGAGGCUAGAAACUUUUUUGUGAAUUUUAUUUCUAGUCUGUUUUUUAAUAUGUUAGCAAAAUCACUAGAUCUAUUUUGUGGUUAAGACAAAAACCACUUGUCUGAAAAUUCUGUAUAGAAGCUUGAAUAUUUUAUUUGAAGGCCAUCUUAAAGAUGGAUUUUCAAGUAGGCUUUAAAGUAUUAUUCAGUUCUGGAGAGAAAUGUCACUCGCUGCCAAAUGGAUUAGGAAAACCAUGAAGAAUUCUGAAGGCUAUGAAAGAUUCUUUUAGAACACUGUACACAAGCUAUAACAACAUCUCUCUAGGAAGGGGAUAAUAACCCUGGGGAGAGAUUUUUAAACCUUGAUUAUUUUUUUUUAAUGUAUAUACCAGUAACAAUGAGCUUGUGUGUUUUUCAGAGUUGAUCUUUAUGGUUGUUGGACUUUCCAUGCUGUAGCUUAUUUAAUUACUGAUUAACCUUUUCAGACUUGUUCUUUGACACCUUUCAAGUUGAGCUAUUUUAAAAUCCAGUUACUUCCUACACUGCCACCUCACAACUGGAGAAAGUUUCCCAUUCCUAUUUUCUGUAAGAUGAGGUUUUGAAUAACUUGUGAGCUUCACCUUGUAGCUCUAUGAGGAUGAGGAGGGAUUAUAAAUUCCCAACCUGGGAUGUCUUUAAAUAAUUUUUUUUCCCUUCUAAAAUGCAGAGCAGGUCAGGCCGAAGGAUUAAAGCUUUUCAAUAUGGGCUUUGAAAUUACUUGGAAGUUUGAUGACUGAAUUGAAGAACAUUACAGUUAAGGCAAGUGUUCAAUUUGCUCAGAUUUUGGCAAAUUGAGAUAUUGUGUUUAAGAUGUCGUUCCAGUUGGGAAAGUUAUUUUGAUUGGUGGCAUGCUGGAGCUUAGUGGUUAUUUGUAUUUCAUUAAUCCCAGAACAAAUUUGCUUGGCCAAAAAAAUAUAAAAUAGAGUUCUUUAAUUCCAGUUCUGCAAACUCAUCUGAGGUCCUGAAAGCCAAUUUGUUUCUUUUUCCUUGCGUAGAAAUAGGAGCGAAUGCUGUGCUGGGCAAAUCUUGUGUUACAAUCUGUGCAAUAACAGUAUAUUAAGAGGAAUCAUUGUGCUUUAACUGGUAGACCAUGGGCUUCGGUGAGCUGAGGGAGAAACUGAUCUCUGUCAUAAAUCCCCAGCAUAGUUAGAGAAGCGACAGGCCUUUCAGACAGAGUGCUCAAUUAAACUGCAGUCUGAAGAAUUAACACUAUAUGAUAAGGAACGCUUGAGGAGAUAGGCCUCUCAAGUGGCAUGGAUUUAACACCCUGCUAGGUUUACAAGGUAUGAUGUUAGAUGAAGUGUCUUCGUUUUUUUUUCUUUUAAUCAGAUCAUUACUUUAAUGGGGUCAGAAUAUGUACAAUGACCUGCAAGCCAGCUGGUUGUUUUUCUUCAAAAUGGAACUUUGCUUUACAGUUACUCUGGUUGUCCAACCUUAGAUACUGUUGCUGUUUCAGGUGCCGGUAUCCCUAGAUGCUUUGUCGGGUCAAAGCAAGGUAACCACUAGUUCAUGAUUUCACGACCACUUGCUUCCCCAUCGCUCCCAGUGUCUUUUCUUCUUUGUGCCUUGCUUAAGUUAUGAGUUGGCCAGUAAAUGUUAGUUUACAGACAGCAUCAGGUCUGCUUUUUGAGCCUGAAUUUACAAAGCAUUUUGAUCAUUUUGGAGGGAUGAUGAAUACCUCUCAUGGUGACUUUAAAAGGAGUUGAAUCUUCAGCAUCUCCAGAGCAAGAAAGGCAGCCUGGCAAAGUGAUGUUUUCUGUAGAGAGUAAGUGCAGUCAGUGUUUUGUUCUGUACACUUUAAAUAGCAGAUGAGUCUGACAGCUCUUUUGUAUUUUGACUUUGAUUUUUAUGCACUAACCUUUCAAUCAGUAUUUGUUGCUGCCUGAGCUGAUAACUUGAGUUGAAAUUGCAUCUUUCCAAAAGUCUGAGGUGGAUCUGAGUUACAAAAAGUGGGGAUCCAAAAAUUAGUGGAUUCCAACAGAGGUUUCAGUUAAGAUCAUCUUUAUUAAAAAGACUGUUGUGUCAUGUAUCACCAAAGCCCGGCUGGGUUUCUUUCCACUGUCCUGUUAAUGUGAGUUUCUGCUGGAUCCUAAGUGAAAUUAACUGGAAGUGCUGUGCUGUAUUUCUCCUUCUUUACAGCAAGAGGUGGCCAACCUGUGGCACUCGAGCCCAGCGCUGCUCCAGCACUUCUCUUGCUAAGGUUACCAUCGUGCCUGGCAGCAGGGCUGGGGAGCGACGGGCCUCCCUGGAUCUGGGGGGAACAGACCUGUAUCUCUGGCAGGGAACAGCUGCUGUGGAGCAGUGAGCACCCCUGCCCUGACCCACAGCUCCUUCCUGGGCGCUGUGCUCUGUGCGCAACAGGCACGUGGGGUCUCGAGCACAGGAAGAUUUUAAUGUGUGGCUCAUGCAGUCAGAGGUUGGGUGCUUUGGGAUUAUGGGAAUCUGUAUUCUUUUUUUCAGGUAAUUCCUGUCCAACUUCUUAAGUUGUGUUUAAUUACAGUGUUGGCUCUUUUUAUGUGAAACACAAGAUAUGUAUUUUUAAUAAAACGUUCUCAUACAGA